UCAUACUCAUAAUACCCUUCUUCUUACACUUUCAUUUUCACCUUAAAAAUCUUCAAAAACACCAACAAAAAAAUACAAAGAAGAGAAGAAAAAAGAAAGGAAAAUAUUUUAUCGUUAGUCUGAAGGAUUUUCCACAUAAAAAUCUUGAACAGAAGUAUGACGAGCGUAUUGGGUGUAGAGUGUGACAAAAUCAGAUUGGAUUAUGAAGCGGAGACGGAGCUGAGACUCGGCUUGCCCGGAGCCAAUGGAAAUGAAGUCGAAUCGACUAAUAAGAACAAUGGCAAAAGAGUUUUUUCAGAAACUGUUGAUUUGAAAUUAAACAUUUCUUCAAAGGAUUCUAAGAUGGAUAAUAUUAAUCAAGUUGAUAACCUGAAGGAGAAGAAGAAUAAUAUUGUUGUGCAAACCCCUAAUGAUCCUUCUAAGCCACCAGCCAAGGCACAAGUGGUGGGCUGGCCGCCAGUGAGAUCAUUCAGGAAGAAUGUAGUGACUGUCCAGAAGAACACCACCGGGGCCGGCGAAAUCUCCGGCACCGGCGCAGCUUUUGUGAAAGUUAGUGUUGACGGUGCACCGUACUUACGUAAAGUGGACUUGAAGAUGUACAAAAGUUACCAACAACUCUCUGACGCACUUGGCAAAUUGUUCAGCUCUUUUACCAUUGGAAAUUGUGGGACUCAAGGAUUUAAGGAUUUCAUGAAUGAGAGCAAAUUGAUAGACCUCUUAAGUGGUUCAGACUAUGUACCAACUUAUGAAGACAAGGAUGGUGAUUGGAUGCUUGUUGGUGAUGUACCUUGGGAGAUGUUUGUUGAUUCAUGCAAACGCUUAAGGAUAAUGAAAGGAUCAGAGGCCAUUGGACUAGCACCAAGAGCAGUGGAGAAAUGCAAGAGCAGGAGCUGAACUUGAUGUUCCAAUUAAUUGUUCAUUGUUUUUUUUUUCCAUGGUCAAAUUAUAUAUUGACCUUGGAGUUUCUAAGUCUAUUGUAAUUUGAAGGUUUAUAUCUAUCUAUAUAUAUAUAUAUAUAUGUGAAAAAAUUAUGAAAAAUGUUUUAUCUAUAUAGAUCUGAAUAGUUGUCAUCUGUGUAUGACAGCCUCAUAUUAGUUGGAGCCCAAUUUUGGGAAUCUUGGAAUUUAUAUUAUAUGUGUGGCCCUGUGUAUAAGUGACACUUGAAGUUAUCUAAUAAAUUGAAGACAAGUAACAUGACA